CUUUAAAAUAAUUCAUCGCAAUUUGAAACUUUAUUCAGGCAUCCGUUUUGUUUGUGACCCCACAGCAAUCCAACAACAACGCUCGGUAAACAUUCUACCUUUUAAAGUAUCCUAUAAACUGUUGGCUUGAUUAAAUUCAAAAUGGCGGAAGAACCGUCGGUACAAGAUGUCGUUUACUCUGAGUAUGUGGAUACGAACUUGACAACGGGCGACAACUCGUCGACGGGAUCGCGAGGUUGUUCUGUCGACGUCAGCUCGGCAAGGGAAGAGAUGGAGGUGUUGAGAUCAGUAGGAUGGGGUAUAGCCUUACUCGUCACCCUGACUGCGCUAUCCUGUGCUACAGUCGGCAUGUUCUUACAUUCGUGGGUUCGGAUCAGGCGACAGGUCCCUUACGGAAAUCGGAGGAUAUUUCUUGUUCGCCUGUUUGCGCUCUUCCCGGUCUUUUCAGUUACUUCUUUAGCUGGCUUCUAUGUCCCCAGAGCAUCGCUUAUAGCAAACUGGGGAUCUAGUUUGUACCUGUCGAUGACUCUUUACACGUUCGUUCUCCUGAUCGUGGACUACUAUGGUGGCAUCGGACCUAUGGAGGACCAUCUCGAUGGGAUCAAGGUCUCCCUCUCUGCCCCGCCCCUAACAUGCUGCUGCCCGUGCUUGCCAAAGAUCAGUUUCACCAUGACGAACUUCCAUCGAAUGAGAAGACUAGUCUUACAGACCGCUUACAUCAGGCCACUUUGCGUGUUUCUUGGUGCUGUGUUGUGGGCCGACGGUAUCUACAAACCAUCAAUAAUUGAAGCCGACUCAGCCUUCGUCUACCUGAGCGUCAUCACUCUCGCAUCGUCCCUGGUCGCUGUCUACGGCCUCUCCGUCAUCUACAACGCCACCCACAACCAGCUCCAGCACUUCAUGAUCUCCAUCAAGUUUGCCACCAUCAAGUGCGUGCUCAUCAUCACCAACGGGCAGAACCUCAUCAUCGCCAUCCUCAUCGCCAAGGAUGUCAUCCCGUGCGUCGGACCCCUCGACUCGGCCGUCAGGGGAGAGUUCCUCUACAACAUGCUCGUCAUCUUCGAGAUGUUUCUCCUGAACUUCUUCUUCAAACUCUACUACUGGCGAUGGAUGGUCAAGCACGAGUACGGCCACCGCUUCGUAUCGGCCUCGGUCGCCGACAUCACCGACAUCAAGAACUUCGAAGCAAACGCACCCAUGAACGUCACGCGCGAGCGCAUCAACGACUUGCAAGAGGAGGCGAGCGUCGACGGGUCAUUGUCGAAUGUCUCGAAGUCGGGCUCGUUUAAGAGUGAGACGGUCGUAUGAUGUCGGUGAAUCUAUCGUCUCAGAGUAGGGACUACUACCGGUAGCUGUGUCGUGUUCGGCCGGGAUCGUUUCAACAAUGGCAUUGAAUGUCACUGAAGAAAAUGAACGAUAAUGUUUGCUCGGUUGAAACAAUUGGUUUGCAGACACAGACUCUAAUUUGACACUUUAUCACAAUUCCUAACGCCUUGACCAGAGCCUAGUCCUAUCAGUCUCUGGCUGGGUCCGGAGCAGCUAAAGCACAGAGCCUAUGCAGUAUGCCGUCAGCCUAGUCUCAAAGAGCAGACAUUGUUACGCCCGGGGACUGGCAAGGGAUUGUGCCUGCAAACUAAAAGUCCAUUACAAAAGUUACGACAUUUUUACAGAUAUUACAUUCGCUUACCCAACUUGGUAAAAGUUUUUUGCCACGAUCGCCGUUUACUUCAAAAUUGAAAAGUUGGGCAUAUAAUUACACCAACGGGUCGGAUACACCCCCUUCCCCCAUAUUUGUCAAGUUUUACUGGACAUAAUGUUUAACAGUGUACAUGAAAGAGAAGGAAAAGCAAGCGUAUUCACAUAUUCUUUUAUUUUUUGUAAUUAUUUUUUUUUAAAUUUAUGUUUCAUGAAGAGGGUUGUAUGAAAUGUCAUAAUCGUGAGUUGUGAUUCUUUCUUUUUAUAAUUCAUUAAAAAAAAAAAUCCUUAUUGGGUUGUAAUGGUUUGAUAAUGAUUCUCUGAUGAUUUGAUAAACAUAGGCCUAUAUUGCUAUGUACUCUUCUUCUUAGAACUGAAAAUGUGGCACUAAUUUAACUCAUCAUUCUUUUUCAUUAACCAUAUUCACACAUCAGUUGAUUUUGUCUCUCGGAGAGCAACGGUGAAUUGAUUUUGUGCAUGACAUCGAUAAUUGAAUAUGAAGUAGUCUUUGUUUUUUGUUCUUUUUUAAAAUGUCUUAUCCCCCUCUAUCUCUUGCUUUGUUUCAUUCUAUGUUAUACUAUAAGACUCUGUCUACCUUACCUCCUCCUUUUCUCCUUUGUUUCCCCUUCUUUACUUCUCUCCCAUAUUAAAAUUGUUGCGUUGAUAGGAGAUUUGGUUUUGUAUUAAUAACAAAAAAUGAUGAUAUCAAUCUGUUUAUGAAGUUGCUAAAUAAUUUCUCAAGUCGUGGUUUGUUUUGUAAUUGCAUUGAAAACACAAUUUGAUAAAAAAAGGAAAUGCGCGCAUUUAUCAACUUUAUCAUGCGAUUUUUUCUACAGUGUCAAUGAAAAGGUUACAUAUAUAUAUAAAUACCAUGAACCAUUUGCUAGCCUUUUUUUUUUAAUUUGAAAUAUAUUAUACUAAUGAAAAAUGCUGCAAAUGUUAAUAUGGAAAUAUUGUUAUUUGUAGAAUUUUAGAUUGUGACAACUACGCUUACUUUAAUUAUUCGCUCCCAGUAAUGUUCAUAUUUUUCGCCAGCUUUAACAAUGUCGAUGAUAAUAAAUUCAUCAUAUUGUUAUUAGCUCAAAAGAUUCCAAGUCUGUACUCCAAAAAUCAGUAAACAUGUUUGAUAUAUUGAUGGUACUUCCAUUGUGACAUGCCAGGUUUGCAUAUUGUUGUAAAGAAAUUUUGUGCUCGAUCUUGUAAUUGCAAACAGGUCAGAAAAAAAAUUUGUGGUACAAGCGGGAUUUGAACCUGCCAUCUAUACUUCUUGCCGAGCACCGAAUCUACCACCAGGCCAUCACUUAAUUAUCCGAUCGAGCUCGCAUCUUUUUCUAUUCCAGGAAGCCUAACAUUCAAAUAUUCACAUAUUCAUGUAGGCCCCCUAUGUAUAAUAAGUUUUAUAGAACCUGAAUAAAUAAUUCGUUUAACUGAUUGUAAACAA